AUGGACCUGUUCCACCACGCCACCGUCGCCUCUAUCACUCGGCAAUUGUUCCCACAGUCCGCCAACGGGAAAUUUGCCGCCCUUGCCUCCGGAUUGUCGGUGUUCUUGGUGUUGAUUUUCUUUGUCAGCUUCUUCACCGGUAUUAAUGACGCCAUCGCCUUGAAUCCUAAAUCUCUCUUCUACUUCAACCUUGGAAGACUCUCGAACUACCCAUUGGGCCAUCUUUCGCUCCUACACUUGAUUCUUAAUGUCGUGGCGUUGUACGGCCCAUUGGCAAGAUUCGAAAUGGUACAUGGGACGGUCUAUACCGGGAUCGUCCUCAACGUUCUUGCCAUGGCAACCGCCAUCCCAUUCUGUAUCGUUGGUAUCGUGUUGUUCCGUGAUGUCCAUGUCAUCGGUGCUAGUGGCUGGGUAUUUUCCUUUGCCGCGUACUUUGCUUAUCGUGAAAGUUUGAACGUCCCAGUCUUCAGAAUCAACUCUAACUUUGCCGUGCCAACCCUUUACACCCCAGUAUUAUUCUUGGUCGUCAUCACCAUCUUGAUGCCAGGAUCUUCGUUCUGGGGCCAUUUGUUUGGGUUGAUUGCCGGUUACCUACUUGGCUUUGGGUACUUGGACAAGUUUAUCCAACCGCCAACCAAAAAAGUCGUCCCAUUUAUCGAAAGCAAAGUCGACUUCUUAAUCAGAUUGAUCCCAUCACAAUUUUUGUAUCUUAAAGAAGAAGCUACCGCCACCAGUAGAGCUGAUUUCUACUCGAGAAAUGGCCGUACCAUCAUCCCAAUGACCGAAGGUGGCGCCAACAAAAGACAAUCGAUGCCCCCAACGCCGGCCACCGAAGCCCCAAGCGGGUUCCAAGGACCUGGUCACACUCUUAACGGAUAG